GGCGGCAAAGUGAAGAUGGCGGAUACAGUAGAUGUAGGAUUGUCAGAGGAAAAAGAGACUGAGAAUGACGAAAAGACGCGCUUGAAUUGCCCGAGGAGUGGUAUUUCAAAGAGAAGAAAGAAUUCCGUGGCCGCAGAAAUGACGGAAACCUUGGGAUUUUACGAACGGCAUUCUCUUACAAAUGAGCAACACGGGAACUCAGACUCAGAGGAUUCGGAUGAUCCCUCUCUGCUGAGGUUCAUGUGUGCUGAGCUAACGAGGGGCUACUUCCUGGAACACAAUGAGGCAAAGUACACAGAACGCAGAGAGAGAGUGUACACAGUCAUGAGGAUCCCCAGAGAACUGGAACGGCUCAUGACGUUUGGGUUCUUCCUGUGUCUGGAUGCUUUUCUCUACGUGUUCACCCUCCUGCCUCUGAGGACCUUUCUCGCUCUGCUAAGACUGCUCACCAUACCCUGCUGUGGCCUCAGUGGUUCACGUCUCCUGCAGCCGGCUCAGGUGUGUGAUCUCCUGAAGGGUUUGAUUAUGAUCCUGUGUUACUCCAUGAUGCACUAUGUGGAUUACUCUAUGAUGUACCACCUGAUCCGGGGUCAGUCUGUCAUCAAGCUCUACAUCAUCUACAACAUGCUGGAGGUGGCAGACCGUCUCUUCUCGUCCUUUGGGCAGGACAUACUGGACGCUCUUUACUGGACGGCCACAGAGCCAAAGUCCCGUAAGAGAGCUCACAUCGGUGUCAUACCUCAUUUCCUGAUGGCCGUGUUCUACGUCUUUCUUCAUUCCAUCCUCAUCAUGGUACAAGCUUCCACACUCAACGUCGCUUUCAACUCGCACAACAAAUCACUGCUCACCAUCAUGAUGUCAAACAACUUUGUGGAGAUCAAAGGAAGUGUGUUUAAGAAGUUUGAGAAGAACAAUCUCUUCCAGAUGUCUAACAGUGAUAUUAAGGAACGUUUCAGUAACUACAUCCUGCUGCUCAUCGUUUGCCUCAGAAACAUGGAACAGUUCUCCUGGAAUUCCGAUCACCUGUGGGUACUGCUCCCUGACGUAUGUAUGGUAAUUGCUUCUGAGGUUGCUGUGGAUGUGGUCAAACACGCUUUCAUCACCAAGUUUAAUGACCUCACUGCAGAUGUGUACAGCGAAUACAGGGCCAGUCUGGCUUUCGAGCUGGUCAGCAGCCGUCAGCAAAACGCAUACACAGACUACAGUGACUCAGUGGCCAGGAGAAUGGGCUUCAUUCCCCUACCCCUCGCAGUCCUGCUGAUUCGCGUAGUAAUGAGUUCAGUGAAGAUCCAGGGUGCCCUCUCAUCAGUGUGUCUGCUGCUCUUCUACCUGGGAAUGCUCACACUGAAAGUGUUGAACAGUAUAGUUCUGCUGGGGAAAUCCUGUCGUUAUGUCAAAGAGGCUAACAUGGAGGGGAAGCUGUCUCAAAAACGUCCUGCUCCAACCCCCAAAAAGGCCAAGUCUCCCUCACACUCAGGUGAGCCUCAGGUAGCUCGUGUCUCUGCUUCCAUCACCAAGCAACCAGCUCCACGUACGGAGCUACGGUCUCCAGCUCCUCCUCCUGUUACCAAGGAGACCAGUGAACCCCCAGCAGGUUCUCCGGUAAAACCAGAAGAAGCUAGCACACCACCAGAUUCUCCUGAACCAAAACAGAAAGCUCCUAAAAAAGACCUGCUAGAGAUAGACCGCUUUACAAUAUGCGGCAACCGAAUUGGAUGAACUUCAUCUCUGUCGUAAUAGUGACUUCUCAGGAGUGGCAGCUGGCAAAAGCCUCUGCCACCAGCUUUCUCUGCCAAAGCCUCGGAGCCCAGGGAGGGUCACCCAAGUCUGACAGCGGAACUCCAUGUUGACUGGAGGACUAGCUCGUGAGAAUUUGAGUUCAUGUGUCUAGCGUGCCAUCAGCAGAGAGAACGUGUCGGCAAACAAUUGACGUAUGAGCUGGCGUCCAAGUGGUGUCACCGACCCGGACUCCGAACACAGACCAUGACUCACAAAUCAGAGAACGUCAGAGGAUGAUCUGAAUGGAAGCCCCUGAAACACUCUGAGUGGUUUUACAGGGGGGAAAAAAAGGACUGGACAUGGAUAUGAUGACUUUUACUGGCAGGUUUCUCUUUUCCUCCCAACAUCGUCCUCUCCUCUCUCAUCUACAGUACAAGUCUUUAAAAAAGGAGGGAGAAAAAAACAAGAACCAUGGAUUGUAGUG